GUCGGCAGCGCCAACACCGUACUCUCCGCUCCACCUCGGACCUCGAAGCACCACCAGAAUGUUGCGGAACGCGCUGCUGCUGGCCCUGGUGGCCGUCUGGGUGGCUAGCGGUGACCCAGAGCCGUCGCCUGAGGCGAAGCCGGAGGCUCGCCGCGGCCGCCGCCCAGCCGGCUUGCUCCGCGCCGGCUACGGGCCGCCGCCGCUGUCGCCCAGCUACGGCGCCCCCGCGCCCUCCUACGGCCCCCCGGCGCCCACUUACGGCGCCCCCGCGCCCAGCUACGGCGCGCCCGCCCCCAGCUACGGCGCGCCCGCCCCCAGUUACGGCCCGCCGAAGGAGGAGAAACCCGUCUGCUAUCCCAAGACGCACUUCAAGACGACCUGGGGCAAGAUGACGCAGUACAAAACGCACUGGGCGACCAACAAGCAGGUGGUGCCAUACACGAUGUACAAGUACGUAACGGAGACGCUCUACUGGCCGACCACGGUCACCGAGUGGAAGGAGAUCAUCAAGACGCUGCCGUACAAGCUCAUCACCGAGACGCAGGUGGUCUACAAGACCAAGGCGCUGGUGGACAAGCACCCCGACUACACCAACACCGAGUACGUGUGGCACACGCACAACUACAUGGACCACCACACCGUCACCAAGCACAUCACCAAGUACGCCACCAAGACCAACUACUACACCGACACGGUCACCGAAUACAUUAAGAAGCCCGAGUACCACACGCAGACCAACACCGAGUACGAGACCAAGUACCACACCAAGAAGGUGCAGGAGCCCUACUACGAAACCGUUUAUAAAACGGUGAAGAAGCCGCAGCAGAUGUACGUGACCGAGUACGCCACCAAGCACCAGUACCAGACGGUGUACGCCACACACACCGAGCACGAGUACCACACGGUCACCAAGUGCCCGAGCACCAGCUACGGACCUCCCUCCUACUAAGCCAGUCAUGGAGCCCGUCCGACCGCGGCCGGCCCGUGGUCCGCCGCCGCC